GUUGUCCGCCCUCAUUGUUGCUUGCCUUCUCUGUUGAGCAAGCCAAGCAAGGCGCCUGAGGAAAAUGGCGGACGGUGUGGAUCACAUCGAUAUCUACGCCGACGUAGAGGAGGAGUUCAGCCAGGAAGCAGACUACCCUGUCCAUGAACAGAUCGACCUGUACGACGACGUGAUCUCCCCGUCGGCCAACAAUGGCGACGCGCCUGAGGAUCGCGACUACUUGGACGCCCUGCCUACGCAGGGGGGCUCCGAUGGAGGCAAAUCCGCCCCGCCCAAUGUGGUGUACACCUAUUCGGGGAAAAGGAUCGCACUCUACAUCGGAAACCUCACAUGGUGGACAACAGAUGAGGACCUCACCGAAGCAAUCCGAUCAAUAGGGAUCACAGAUGUGUUGGAAAUCAAAUUUUUUGAAAACAGAUCCAAUGGGCAAUCCAAAGGGUUUGCUCUUGUAUGCGUGGGCUCCGAUGGCUCAUCCAGGAAGCUAACGGAGCUUUUGUCCAAAAGAGAGUUGCACGGUCAGAAUCCCAUUGUGGCGCCGUGCAACAAGCAGUCUCUCAGCCAGUUUGAGAUGCAGUCCCGUAAAAGUAAGCACAGUAACCAGUCAGGCCAGAUGUCAGGUGAAGGAAAAGCUGGUCCUCCUGGCGGAGGCCGCGCCGGUUUUCCCAUGGGCAGUCGAGGAAGUCGAGGCAGGUUUCCUGGACCCCCAGGCGGCCCUGGAUUAGACCGUUUCCCCGGCUCUGUCGGGCCCGGUGGGCCGCCGCCGCACUUCCCUGGCGGCGCACUGAGACCUGAUCUGAUCAGGCACCAAGAUGGCCACCUGGAUAUUGCUUUCAAUCCCGGGAGUUGGCGUGACAGAGGUGGGCUGCCAGGGCCCCCACGUCCUCCUCCCGGUCCCCCUGGCCCACCAGGACCACCUCCGGGUCAGGGGCUACCCCUUCCUCUUGGUCCUCCCAAUCGUGGGGACAGGCCACCUCCCCCCGUUCUCUUCCCAGGUCAAUUUGGCCAGCCACCUUUAGGACCCCUACCUCCGGGCCCCCCACCCCCUGGUUACGGCCCACCCCCUGGACCGCCGCCGCCCCAGCAGGGCCCCCCGCCCCCGGGACCCUUCCCGCCGCGUCCCCCCGGCCCAAUCGGACCCCCCUUGGCUUUGGCUCCACCUCCUCACUUGGGAGGCCCUCCGCCUGGCGGUCCGCCGCCUGCUCCCCAUGUCAAUCCUGCUUUCUUCCCCCCGCCUGGUGGCAACAACAUGCCCCCCAAUGACAGCAGGGGCCCCCCUGGACCAAAUGAUCCAUAUGGACGCCCACCACCAUAUGAGAGAGGAGACUACGGUCCUGGAGGCCGGGACAUGGAGUCAUCUCGGACCCCUCUGAGUGAGGCCGAGUUUGAAGAGAUCAUGAACAGAAACCGGGCUAUCUCCUCCAGCGCCAUUUCCAGAGCGGUGUCUGACGCCAGUGCAGCGGACUACGGCAGCGCCAUCGAGACGUUGGUCACUGCCAUCAGUCUGAUUAAGCAGUCCAAAGUGUCGGCCGACGACCGCUGCAAGGUCCUCAUAAGCUCCCUCCAGGAUUGCCUCCACGGAAUCGAGUCCAAAAGUUACGGCUCCACCAGGCGUGAGCGUUCCAGAGAGCGAGACCACAGCCGCUCGAGGGAAAAAAGCAGACGCCACAAGUCUCGCAGUCGCGAGCGCCACGAGGACUACUACCGCGAACGCAGCCGUGAGCGGGACCGCCACCGCGAGAGGGAUCGCGACCGGGAUCGUGAGAGGGAGAGGGAGCGGGAAUAUCGACACCGCUAAUGGACAAGUGAGCUCACUAACCCCAACGGGCGGACGGACGGACAAAAGGAGGAUGAACUUCAGCCCGCCACCUGCAUGAGUGGACACACGGCACCUCCUCGUCUUCAUCCCCCGCCAUCAUCCUCCCAUCUCUGCCCGUCCCUCUUUCUGUCUAUUCAUCAAGUGUGCAGAGUGGAUGGAGGAGCCCCCCCACCCACUCCUCCGCCCCUCGGCUAUUCAAACAUCUACUCAUGGUAAUUGGAAAUCUUUCCACUCUUAUGUUUGUGGUGUUUUAUUUUAUCCCCCAUUGUUUUUCUCUAUCUCGCAACAAACAAUUAAUUGGUCUAUCGGUCCUUUUUAAUACGACGACGUGAGCAGUUCAUCUUUUGCUAUGUUUUCCACGCACUGUACUGUGAACAAUUAAUUUAGCAGUUUUAAUAUAGGACACAUUUGCCUCCCACCCUCUUUCUCUCCUUACCCCUCGUUUAUUCUUUUUUCUUCUCAUGCUUAGAACGUUUGUACAUGUCUCUGCUUUUGAUUAAAACUAGAUGGUGUUGUAAUAAAACAUGUUUACUGAGGUAUACACUGUUGGAAGUGGCUCAUUUAUAUUAAAUGCGCUGUACUGUGUUUAUCGUAUAAACUGUUGUAGAGGGUAGAUAAUGGAUGCCUGUAUUUACAAGGUAAGAUUGAAUGUAUCCAUUUUUUUUGUGUAAUGGCAAGUAUGUAAAAUUGCAUCAACAUGGCCAUUUCAAGCAGAUUCCAAACGAUGCAUCAUUUUGUUGUUUUUGGAUGUUUUGGUGUGAAAUUGGAGGUCCAUUGCAAAGUUUUAUUUUUCAUAACUUGCAUCAAAUUAUGCACAUUGACACUCAAGCUGGUAUUGAGUCCACUCCGGUUCAGUGUUGUGUAUAUAUUACGCCAUAGACUGACGACUUUUAAUCUGGAAAUCCAAAUGUUGGGUGUAAAUUAAGUAAUGUGUCCUAAUUUUUCUAAAUGUAACCAAAAAAAAAAGUAGUGAAAAACAAAGCAACUCCCCUCACCCCCCCCCCCCUUCUGUUUGUCCACUUGCCCUUCCCUGUAUUGUUCAAAUGUAAGACUCCUUUGUUGUCAUUUUUUCCCAUGUGCCUUUUUCGUUGGGGUUUGUCCAAUUCAUUUUUUUGUUUUUUUUUAUUCCAACAUGCAUGUAGCUCAAAUCCUACCCUCUGACGUCCUCCUCAAAUAUUUCCACUUUCUGCGUAGAAUGUCAUCCCGAGACAUUGUAAUCAGGAGACCACUGCUGUAGUUCUUUUAAUUGUAAGCAAAUAUUCCACAUAGUGGAAAUCCUCUUCCUGUAUUAUUGUCCUGCCUGUGUUUCAUGUUUACAUGCUGAUCACGUGUAGUAACUGUAAACACCAGCAAAACAAUUACUUUUGCUUAAAUCAGGGUCCUGUUCCACCUCUCCACAUCCUCAUUUGUGUUUUCAAAUUGUGUCGAGGUAUUUGUAUAAACUUGUGUUUGUUAUGACCCCCCCCCCCCCCCCCCCCAACAGUGCACAAGGUAAGUGUUUUCAGGUUAAACAAGAAGAUUGAGAAGAGAAGCAGACAGGUCCUGAUGUCAUUUUUUUUUAAAAUCAUACUUGUAGAGCGGACAGUUGAAUGUAACAUUUGCAAGGCAAUAAUAUUAAAUGUAUUUUUAUGUAAUCAUGGAGAGGGAUUAAUGUAAGACUAUUUGAUCCAAUCAUAUUCAAUGACAUGGCUGCACUUGUAUUUGAUAAGAUGCAGGAAAUAUUUUUAAGCCCCAUUAAAUGACCUGUGACGCUGCUUUUGUGGUAAGACCCAGUUCAUCCAACAAUAAAACUUAAACAUUAAUUUGUAA